AUGAGCUGUAUUUUCUGGAAUUGUCAAGGGCUUGGGGGCCCCUUGACGAUUCAUGUGAUCGGUGAUUUACUCCGAAGGUUCAACCCCAGCUUAGUGUUCCUAUCCGAAACGAAAGCAACACAAGUUCUGAUAGAAAAAUUAAAGAGACGAUGGAAUCUUUUUGGCUUGGCAGUGGACAAGGUUGGCAAAUCCGGCGGGCUAGCAUUUUUCUGGAAAAAAAAAAUACAUGUGGACCUUAUUAGUUUUUCUUCCCAUCAUAUUGAUGUUGAGGUCCACUCGCAACACGAUAAUUUGAUUUGGAGGUGCACAUGGUUUUAUGGCUACCCGGAGCAUGAGAACAAACCGAAAUCUUGGGAUCUGUUGAGAACUCUCCAUAAUCACAGGAGUUUUCCGUGGAUGAUAGGUGGUGACUUUAACGAGAUAUUAAGCAACUCGGAGAAGGAAGGGGGACUUGCGCGACUGCCCUAUCAGAUAGAGGCUUUCCGUGAGAUCCUUGAUGUUUGCAACUUAUCGGAUAUUGGGUACGAGGGUUAUCCAUUUACGUGGACUAAUAAGCGAGAGCAUCCUAACACCAUCAGAAGUCGGCUGGAUCGUGCUUGUGCUAACUAUGAGUGGAUUUCUAUUUUCCCGGAUGCAAAGGCACUUCACUUACCAUUCCCUGGGUCCGAUCAUAUCCCUAUAAUGGUUGCACUACAAAGAGAACCGAGAGUUAAUAAACGCAAACUCUGUAGACCAUUUAGAUUUGAAGCAAUGUGGAUUGGACGGGGUGAGUGUGAGGAUAUUAUCCGACAGACGUGGGGAGAGAACGUCACAUCCGAGCCUAUGGAGGACCUCAUUUGGAAGAGGAAUGAAUGCAGAAUAGCCCUCACUAAGUGGAUGAAAUACAAACUGAGGUUGUUCGGGCUGAAUUGA